UAAUUCCUGUUCAACAUGCAACAAUUUUAUUGGUCUGUUUUGUAAUCUCUUAGCCAGUCAAAAAUAUGUUUCCUAGUAAACAUAAUACAAAAUAUAACGAAUUGUAUAUAAACAAUGUUGUUAUCAUCACAAUCAAGCUUUAACCUGAUACCCUAUGAUAAAGUGAUAUUAUUUAAUUCAAAUCGUAAUAGGAAAAUACGAUAGGAUUACUUUUACAAUGAGUUUAUAUUCUGAUAUUCAAAAAGUAACACAAAUACCUCAGACAGAUGAAAAUGUUGUAUUUGUACGUCGAAAAGAAUCUAAUACAAUUAAACGAAAUCCAAAAUUAAGGAAGUUCAAACCUCCACAGAAUGUAGAUUUGUAUGAUUAUGAUUGUAACAAUGGCCAACAUGAUGUGCUUCAAGAGCGUAGCAUACAUGAAAAUGAAAUUGCAUCCUCCAUUAUAGAAGCUAAUUGUGGUGUUAACUAUUCAAAUGAAAAACUUGAGGAACAUUGGAAACUUAGACAAAUGAAAGCUAGUUUAAAAGCCAAAGAUUAUACUUUUAAGGAGAAUUUAAAGUCUGAUAAUUAUGAUUCAACUACGGAAACUUAUAAUGGAAUUUCCAUGUUAGAAACUAGUGCUAAAGAUAAAAACAAUACUGAAAAUGUAGAAAAUACUUUAAAAAAAUGUGGUCUUAAUAAAAAUGCAGUGAUUAAAGGGCUUUUAAAAAGUAACACAAUAUCAAUAAAUGAUUUACAUAUACCAAACGAUUGUACAAAUAUAAGACAAAGCAGUAUUCAGAAUGAAAAUGUUCCUUCAUCAAGUAGUUUAAGUCAAGAACACUGUAUGAAAUUAAUUCCAUAUCCAGAAGAUCCAGAGGUAUUAGUUCAAUCUUUACAAGUUCAUGGUCAUAUAGAUGAAAAUAAAUAUAAAAAUAUUGAUUUUUCUGUAGCACAUAUAGGUAAAAAAAAAGCAAUUACAGCACGACAAUUUUUUAUUAAUAUGAGUGACAGUGAAUUUGAUUUUGUAAAACCACAUAAAAUGGACAAAAAAUAAUUUAAAUAAGUAAAAACUAAUAUCUAUUACUUUUAAAAAGUAUCUUUUAACGAAAAUAAAUAGUUUAAUUUUUUAUUAUAUAUAAAUUUUAUGUUCUGAAUAUUAAAAAAAAUUAAGUUACGUUAUAUUUAUUGCAAUUUUUUUAAUUUGAUAAUAUCAUUAUAAUAAUACAGCUUUCAAACAAUGGAUUAUUUUACUUUUUCAUAUCUUAAAAUGAAGAUUUUUGUUAAGAGAUGUAGAUAAAAAAAACAUAUCUUUGUUCUAAAUGAUAUAGUUUUUAUAUAUAUCUUCGCAAUAGGUAUAUUGACUUUAUAUUUUUUCUACUUCUAAAAAUGUAUUUAAACACAGUGGAACUCAGUUUAUAUAUAUGAAGCUUUUAAGGGACAAGUUGAUUCAUAUAACGGUCGUUCAUAUACAGAGUAAAUUAAUAAGGAGUACUAUAUAAAGUAACUUGUUAUCUGUUGGUUUUAUCGAGAAACGUCUUAAAUGAAUUAUGUUACAUUUCAAUGAACUCAUUUCUUUCCUAAUAUCUUAUAUUUUCUGACAUAUCAAGAUGACCUUGAAUUUUUUAAAUAAUAGCAUAUAUUUUCUAUGACAUUAAUCGAUCCUGUUGGACAUUCUGUACAAAAAAAGUAUUAUCCUAUUUAUACUGAAAACCGUUAGUAGAUAUUAUAACUCUAAUUUGUCAAAUUUAAUGUAUGAGAGACAAGAAUAGAGGUGAAAUGGUCUUCUUAUAUUAAAAUAUACACAGCCAUUUAUAAGCUGUUUAAAUAAUUUGUUAAAUACCAUUUAAAAAAAAAAUAAUCUCAGAAUACAAAAGAUAGUGUUAUAUCAAUCUGAUGAAUACUUUUAAAUGUAACAUAAUUCGUUUAAAAUGUUUUUCGAUAAAUAAUAAUAAAUAUAGGCAACGAAUUAUUUUAGAUAGUUCUUCUUAUUAAACUACCCUGUAAUAGGGAUCCACUUACAUACAUAUUUCUUCCCACCACCUACAAUUUUUCGUUCAGUUAAUUGGAGUUCAUACAUAAUACAUAAUAAUGUUACAAAUUUGUAUCGACUAUGAAACAUGAGAAUGGGUCACAUAACGCAUACUCCUACUGUUUACAUCUUAUUGUUAGACGUUCAUAUAAAUGGAUUGACGCUCGGUGGUAACUAAAUAAUAAAAUAAAA